AUGGUCAGCUGCUCUGAUCUCAACCCAUGGGAUUUACAUCCCUUCCAUUCUCCUCCCCGUUCCGCUGGGAGUGGGGGGGAAAGGGAGGCAGUGAGCGAUUGGCUGCCGGUGCCGAGUUCCCGGUUGGGGUUCAACCACAGCAGUGUCCUACAGGAACAUCCCCAGGACUGUGCUAUUUACCCACUUUGUCUCAUUCUGCCUCUAUUCGUACGUUCUCUUACUGCUUUACAGGCUGGAGUUCUCGGUGGUGUCAGCCGAAAUCAGAGGUUCCAGUUCCCGUUCCCAUUGUGCUUUUUAUGCUCCUUUGUGUUGUUCUUGGAAAGUUUCGCACCACUUGUGAAUUCCUUGAACCUUGGCAUUGGGAGCCCACUUGUGUUGGGCCCUCCUCCUUUACAGCUUGCUCACAUUAAGACCCACUUGGCUCUUCAGCAAUUGACCUCAGUUGCUCCCAACCCUUCGGCACCUCCUUAUGCUUGGUUAAACCAGGCAGUUCCGAAAAGCACCAUGUUUAGCCCCAGAGGAACUUUACCUCAGAGGCCGAGAGGACCUAAUCCAUCUGGGAAAAAGCCUCCGGGAUCCCUCCGGGGAGGAGGUGCCGCAGGUCACCCCCGGAAGCCCGCUCCUGGAGCGCCGCAAGGGACGGGAACGCCGCCGAGAUUCUCGGGACAGGAAACGCUUCAGUGGACGGGAUCGCAGAGGAUCAACGUCCGGGUAACCCUGCACAGGGCUGAUCCGAGGAAGGUGAAGGAGAAGACAAACCUGCACCAGGAGCAGAAGGCAGAGCCCCGCACAAGCCGCUGGGAGAACCCCGCCUGCUCAGCCAGGAGAACGGGACAGAAGGCACCGGCCGCCGCACAGGUCUCGGAGCACAAUUCCAAUGCCCAAACCCGCUACACACCCGAGAGCGCCUCCAGCAUCCUGGCGAGUUUCGGGCUCUCUAAUGAAGACCUGGAGGAGCUCAGCCGCUAUCCCGACGAUCAGUUAACUCCCGAGAACAUGCCACGGAUCCUGAGGGAAAUCCGGGUUCGUAAGAUGAGUCCCUCCAUGCCCGGGUUGCGCGCGCAGAGCCGAGGGGAAGACGCGGUUGGUGUCAAGAGUAAAGUGAUUGAUUAUGGCCAUGCCAGUAAAUACGGUUACAUCGAGGAUCCUCUCGAUGUGCGUGCGUUCAAUCCCGAAGUGCUCCCUGAAGAUCCCCUGGAAGCACGUGUCUAUAAUCCCGAAGCAUCGAGCGGAGAGAACCGGGAAGACUUCCCCCGAGAGCAGAACAUGCCGCAGAGCGCGCCCAUGGGCAUCCCGCCGGCCAACGUGAUGUGUAACCAGGUGUUCCCGGUUGAAGAUUUAAUAAAGCUGACGGGAUUCCAGAACGAGCCCUCAAAUCCUCGCUCCUUUUUUCCAGCUGAGACCGCGGGAAAGGUGCCCGGGUUGUGCCCGCCACCCGCCGGGCUCCCCGUGGUGAAACCUGUAUCCCAGCCUGCCAUCCCGCCGGUCAUGCCGCCCAUGAUGCCACCUCUGAUGCCGCCCAUGGCUCAGCCCAUGAUGCAGCCGGUGAUGCCUCCCAUGGUGCAGCAGACCAUCCCGCAGCACGUGAUGCCACCCAUGACCCAGCCACCCUUCUCUCCUGAGCUCCUCGCAGCCAUCAGCCGGCAUGAAAGAACCCAGCACGACCCCGGGACAAGCUCAUCCAGUGCCCAGAGCAGCUCAGGAGUGGGACAAAAGCCUUUCCAGGCACAGCUCGAGGGGCCUAUUAAGUCUCCUUUUGGGAUUGUGAAGGCUUCGUGGCUCCCGGUGUUCCCGCAGUCUGAUUCCCAGAAGAUAAAAAGGUUGCCCACUCCAUCAAUGAUGAAUGACUACUAUGCCACAUCUCCGAGAAUAUUCCCACAUAUGUGUUCUCUGUGUAACGUUGAAUGCACUCAUAUGAAGGACUGGAUUCUCCAUCAGAACACCCCUUCUCACAUCGAGAGCUGCCGCCAGUUACGUCAACAAUACCCUGACUGGAACCCCGAGUCUCACUCUUCAAAGAGGAAUGCUGGUGACAGGAAAGAGAACCAGACGCCCAAGCGCCGCUCCAGCUCCUCCAGCCCCAGCCCCAGGCGCUCGCGGGCCUCCGGCUCCAGCUAUGUUCCACGCCGAUCCCGAUCCCGGAGCUCCGGACGCUUCAGGUCAAGGCCCAGAAGCCGGAGCCCGCGGCAGAUGCGGCGCCUCAGCCCCAGGCACAGAUCCAGGUCCCCACAGCGCUCGAGAAACCCCCUGAGAACCAGCUCACGGCCCCAGAGAUCUUCCAGCUAUGACUGGUCAUCGAGGAGGUCAAGCCGGUACCAGGACAGAAAGGCAGCCCUGGAGGCGGUCAUGAAAACUCUGGGGCCUGGCUUUGUAGCAGCAUUCAAUAAACAUAAAUCACUUCAAGCUGCUGGACAAGGAUCUUCAGGAUCAGGAAAGUCCUCAAGCUCUCAAGGACUCCUGGGGAAGGUGCCUGGAAGCCUGAAGAAGCUCCUGAAAGCAAGUGUUUCUUCAAAGGCCUCCAAAGAUGGAGCUGGGUCAAGCUCUUCACCUGCUGAAGCUGAUGAUUUGCCCCAGAGUGAAGGGAUGGAGGAGGGGGGGGAGGAAGGUUUACCCCCAGGAACCAGUGCACCUCGUCCACCUUCUUACAACAGGCUGCUGAGGGAGGAGCUGCUCACCUGCGGGACCGUGCUGCAGAUCUCGGAUUUACCGGAUGAUGGCUUUUCUGAUCAGGACAUUAAAAAGAUCGUGCAGCCUUUUGGCAAAGUCAGUGACCUCAUUGUGCUUCGCUCCAGGAACGAGGCCUUCCUGGAGAUGAACUACAAAGAGGCUGUGAUCGCGGCGGUGAAAUACGGGGAAACGGUGCCAGUGCUGGUGAAUGGCAAGAGGGUGAAGAUCAGCAUAGCAGAGAAACCCAGAGCUCCUCCCGGGCAGGCCAAAAAGAUUAUAAAGAAACGGGCUCAGAACGUUAAGAAAGCAGCACCAGGCACCAAGAAAGAUCCGAACUCCACCACAAAGAAAUUAAUUGCAGGUAAAAAAGAAAAGGCUAAGAAAUCAGCAUUGACAGGAGAGAGUAAAACCAAGAAAACCUCAAACACUGCAGCCAAAUCUCUAGAGGAAGAUGUCCAGCUCCCAGUGGAAGCUGAAAUGGAAGCUGAGGAGACAAAGCUGUCAGAGCCAAAGACCAUCACAGAAGGGGAUGGAGAUCCAGAGCCUGGGAAGCCAGCAGAGACUCAGGCCAAAGGAGCCACCAGUCCUGUAGCUCUGCUGGACAAACUCUCCCAGAUACCUCAGGUGGCAGCAGUGGACUUGAAUGAGUUAAAUAAAGCUUUAAUUGAUCAAGAAGCCACCGUAACGACAAUAAAGAGUGAAGAACCCACAGACCCAGGAGUCCAGGAAAUGGAUGAUUCUUGUGUGGUCCUCAUUUCAAACCUGCCGGAGAAAGGAUUCUCUGUGGAGGACGUUUCCAACCUCGCAAAGCCUUUCGGGGGACUGAGGGAUGUGCUCAUCCUCUCAUCUCAUAAGAAGGCAUAUCUUGAAAUCAGUAGAAAAUGUGCAGAUUCCAUGGUGAAAUUCUACACCUGCUUUCCCAUGUCUCUGGAUGGAAACCAGCUCUGCAUCACCAUGCUGCCCCAGUAUCAGAGUGUCAAAGAUGAAGAAGCACUAUUCACUGCUCUCAUUAAAGAUUCUGACCCCAAGGUGGAUACUGAAACCGUUCACAGCCAGUUUGUGCAUCUGGGGAACCUGCCGGAUGCUGGCUACAGAGAGCUCGAAGUAGUGUGUGUGGGGCUUCGCUUUGGGAAAGUGGAUCAUUACGUUGUGCUGAAGAACAAGAACAAGGCAAUCCUGCAGCUGGAUAGUCCCAGCUCAGCCAGAUCCAUGUACAACUUCCUGAGGCAGUACCCAUACAGCAUGGGUGAGCACACCCUGACCUGCAUGCUGUCACCCAGGGGAGAGGCUGAGGCUGAAGCUGUGAAGAAAGAAGUGAAGGAGGAGCCGAGCCUGGGCAGCUCUGGCUUGAAAAUAUAUCCAGAGGGAUCAGGAGUGGUGCAAAGAGCAGCUGCUAAUCCUCCAGUAGAGCCCAGUGUGGCAAAGGAAGGAGCCAUUGCCAUCUCUCAUGUCAAAGAAGAGGAGUCAGCAGGACUCGUAGAGCCCUCUGAGUCCCACCUUGAAGGAGCAGGAAGGGACCUUGCUGCGAGACUGAUGGAGGCGCCGGUGGAGAAGGUGGGCACUGGAGUGACUGCAGCAUCCAUCAAACCCGCUGGUACUGAGCCACCCCAAGUGAAGCUGGAGGAGAUGUCACCACCACCACCACCACCACCCAGCGUGGAGGAAGAGGAGGCAGCUCAAGGUGAUACCAAACCGGUGCUGCCUGAACCUGCUGUUGUGUCUGCACCAAAGAAGGAGGUUAAAGAGAAAGGUGAAGAGUUGUCCCCUCCUGCUGCUGAGCCACCAGAAGAACUGUCCCAUGUGGGCAAGGCUGAAGAUGUGCCAUCAGGUUGUGCUGUGACCCCAGCAGGAGGGAAUUCAGGGGCGGCUGUCCCCAAGGUGAUGCCCCCCAGCUCUGGCCUGGCACCAGUGCAGGUGGUGUCAUGUGUUGCUCCUGUAAAGAAACCUGGUUUUCAUGGGUUGAAACUCAAAGUUGGACCGUCUAUAACUGUGGUAGCAGAGAAGAAACCUGGGCUUAAAGCUUGGGCAGCUGCAGAGAAGAAGGUGGCUGGAGCUGGAGCAGGCAGAGAGGUGCGAGCAGAAGAGUCUGCACUCCGAGCUGGAAGAGCUGUGGAGGAGAACCCCAGAAAGCUUUCGGUCAGGGCUGGGGCAGAGACACAGAAGAAACAGGAGCAGCCCAUGGCCAAGGCUGGGGCUGUUACGGUGAAGGUUGCAAGUGCUGCCAGUGAGAAGAAUGAGGGAAGUUUGGUCGAAACCCAUCCAAAUAAAGGGGCAGGAGCAUCAAGAGCUGAUGAAGCCCCCAAAGCUCUUACGUUGAGCUCCCCUGCGUGUGUCAAAGAAUGUUCCUCUGCUGCUAAAACGAUCCUGAGGGCAGUGCUGUCUCUUCCAGACAUAGCCAAGUCAAGGGUUGCAGUGUGGAGAAAUGAGCCUUCGCCAUGUAAAGGAGGGGAGCAGAAAACCCCCUCGAAGCCUGAGCCCCAAAGCCCAAUGGUGGUGAAGAAGAUAACGUCGAAAGAAGGUGAUGCCCCCAAACCUGAUGGCAGCAGACCAAGCCUGGGAGAUGGCAGCAGCACUGAAGCGAGCAGGAGCUCUGUUGUUGAUGGCAAGGGAGGCAAUGGGAGGAAUUCAUCUCAGCAAGAGGAGUCCCAAGUGGAAUCUAGGGCUAGUUCAAAACAGACUCAAGAGGGAGAGAGUAGACCCUCCAGCAUGAAGAAAGACAACAGCAGCACUAAGGUUUCUGGUGAUGGAGAUGCUAACCCCUCGAAAAGUGGCACAGCCAGCAGUGCGAAACCAAAGGAGGAGGAAGAGCUGUUCCCGUUUAACCUGGAUGAGUUUGUUACCGUGGAUGAGGUGGUCGAGGAAGUCGAGCCUCCUGUUAAAGCACGGCGAAAACCAGCGAGGGCGAAGAGAAAAGCAGGAGCUAAAGGCAACUCCGCCGCCGCGCCGAGCUCCAAGAGGAGGAAAGGGAAGAGAUCCAUGGCCCACAUCGCUGAGAGCGAGCUCUCCUUUGUCACCCUGGAUGAGAUUGGGGAGGAAGAGGAGGGCUCAGCCCCACUCAUGGCAGUUGCUACCUUAGAAGCCCUCGGUGACCCUCAGGGCCUGGUUGUAGUGGAUGAAGUGAUGGAGGAGGAGGAGCUCUCGGAGGCAGUGAAGGAUCCGCAGUCGCUUGUUACUUUGGAUGAGAUCUCGGAGCAGGAGGAUCUUGGUUCCCAGAAGGACGCGGCGAGGUUGGAUUUUGAGGAGCAGGAUUUGAAGGCAGAACCCUUGGUCACUGUGGAUGAGAUCGGGGAAGUGGAGGAGCUGCCUCUGAACGAGCCGACGGACCUGAGCCUUGAGGAUGUGCCCAGGGAGGACGAUGAGGUGGCUGCCGAGGACGCCAGGGAUGGCGCUUCCCCUCCGGUGCCUGAUGAUCCCAGCGCGCUGGUGACGGUCGAUGAGAUACAGGAGGACAAUGAGGACAACCCUCUGGUGACUUUGGAUGAAGUGAACGAGGAUGAGGAUGAUUUUCUGGCUGAUUUCAAUCGCCUGAAAGAGGAACUGAACUUCGUCACAGUGGAUGAAGUCGGAGAGGAGGACGAGGAGGAAGAAAACUCUUUCCCAGGGAAAACUCAGGAUGCAGGCAAUGAAGAUGUCGUUGCUGUUGCAGGACCAGAGGAGAAGGACAGUGUUGCUGUUGCAGGACCAGAAGAAAUGGAGAUCCAAGGAGAUAGGACUGCAGAAAAAGAAAUUACUGCAGUCUCAAAGUCCAAAGUAGGUCACCUGGGAUCAGCACGGAAGGACCUGAAGUCUAAGAAGAAGAAACUGCCUUCAUCAGGUGUAUCAAAGGCGCAGAGUGCUCCAAAAGAUCUGGAUUACCUGGUGCCCAAGGCUGGCUUCUUCUGUCAGAUCUGCUCCUUGUUCUACGCGAAAGAAACCUCUGUGAAAAACCACUGCAAGACCCCACUUCACAGGCAGAACCUGGAGAAAUUCAUGGCCAAGCAGCCUGGGCAGGAGCAGAGGAGCUGGAGGUGAUCAGAGGCAAGAGGAGCUCUUUUGGUGAACAAACCUUAGGGUCCAGUGAA